CCCCGGGGCCGCCGGCGGCCCAUGAGCCCCGGCCUCAAAGUUUGCGGCGGGCGGGCGGGCGCGGAGCCUCCAAGAUGCCGUUCCACCCGGUGACGGCGGCGUUGAUGUACCGGGGCAUCUACACCGUGCCCAACCUGCUGUCGGAGCAGCGCCCGGUGGAUAUCCCUGAGGACGAGCUGGAGGAGAUUCGAGAGGCCUUCAAGGUGUUCGACCGUGACGGCAAUGGCUUCAUCUCUAAGCAGGAGCUGGGAACGGCCAUGCGCUCCCUGGGUUACAUGCCCAAUGAGGUGGAGCUGGAGGUUAUCAUCCAGCGGCUGGACAUGGACGGUGAUGGCCAAGUAGACUUCGAGGAGUUUGUAACACUCCUGGGACCAAAGCUUUCCACCUCUGGGAUCCCAGAGAGAUUCCAUGGCACUGACUUUGACACUGUCUUCUGGAAGUGUGACAUGCAGAAGCUGACGGUGGAUGAGUUGAAGCGACUCCUCUAUGACACCUUCUGUGAGCACCUGUCCAUGAAGGACAUAGAGAACAUCAUCAUGACGGAAGAAGAGAGCCACCUGGGCACUGCUGAGGAGUGUCCUGUGGACGUGGAGACUUGUUCCAACCAGCAGAUCCGCCAGACGUGUGUGCGCAAGAGCCUGAUCUGCGCGUUCGCCAUCGCCUUCAUCAUCAGUGUCAUGCUCAUCGCGGCCAACCAGGUGCUGCGCAGUGGCAUGAAAUAGGCACGGCAUGAGUGCCCACCCAGCAGUGGCAGUGCCCAGGCUCACUCCACACCUACCGCUGCCUGCAGCCCUCCCCACAGCUUACUCCUUGGGCCACCACCCACAGGCACUCCAAGCCUGGACAUUGACCACCCCGAUCCCCACCCCACAGGCCUUGCAUGGAGCCAUGGCCCAGCCGAGAAGGACCUGGCGGUGGCUCUGAAGACAGCGCUAGCCCCUCUACCCUGCCUGUACCCUCACCUGGCCUGUAUUUAGCAUUAACUACCCACCACCCAGGAGCUCCUGGGAAAGGAGGGACUUCACAAGAGUCCCUAGGAUCCAGUUAGUGCUGUGAUCUUUUAGGCAGGCAAGAAACUUAUGUCCAGAGCUGUGGGUGGGGUAGAGGUGGGCCCAAGGCUGGGGUUCCUGGGUCCCUUCCUCUGACCCUCCCUAGACUCAAGGCCAGUAUUCCUAUCCACCUUCUGGGGCCUGUGCCUGCCCAUUUCACAGGUGAGGAGUCGGAGGCUUUGAGGGGCUAAGAUCUGGCUUCAGGUUCUUCCAGGGCUUUCUAGGAAAGGCAAAUGCUCGCACAAGCAGGUCCAUCAGAGAUAGCUCUAAGGCCCAUGAAUUGCUGAGGCUUCCAUCAAAGUCCAAGAGACCAAGGACCAAGUUGUCUCCCAGCACAGAAACUCAAAACCCAACUGAGGAGGGGAACAGAGCUUCUAUAGCCCAUGUGACCUCGCCUCUGGCCAGGGUGCAGUCUUGGAAGGCCUUGGCUACUCCCAAGGGACCUGACUCCCUUGAGGAUCUGGCAUAGCCAACAGAUCAUUCUUCCAAGUUCAGGGCCUGUCCUCUUGGGGGCCCCACUUCUCUGUGCCCUCAAGGCAGGAGGACCAGCUCUCAUCCUGGCUCUACGGGUGCCAUCCCAUUUCUUGGCACCGGCACAGCCUGGGCAGAUGCAUGGCUGCAGCUCUUCAGGGGCUGAGACAGUUGGCAGAGCCCUUUCCCUAGCCUGGGGCCACUUACUAUCUGGGCCACAGCCACACUGGCAUGCUCUGUGCCCAGCCUGGCUGAGCCUCUACUGAUCCCUAAGCAAGAAGGGCUGUAAGCAGAGGACACCCUGGAGAGGACUGUGUCUCAUUUCAGCCCACCUGUCCCCUGAUGGAGGCAAGAAGACAGAGCCAAGAACACGAGUGCCAGAAAAACCAUCAAGGACAGACUUUAUAAACAUUUGGAUGUUUCUCACCCAUCUUCUCAAGAUAUGCCCUGAGGGAUGGUGUGUGGAUGGGGAGGCCAAGCUCACAGUCUCAGAGGCUCCAGGGGGAACAGUGCGAAGGCAGCUUCUCUUCCUAGGUUGAGUAACUGUCUUUACUAUGCCUGGUGACCAGGCGAAGUCAGGCAGGGAGGUGGGGAAGAGCUCAGCCCCACUGGACUCUGGGCUGUAGGGACCAUCCUCCAGGAGGGGGUGCCCGCAGAGAGGGGGGCAGCUCCUGCAUUGGUGGCCAGCCCACAGGGUACUGGAAGACAGUGGUUCUGAUGGGUUCAGUCCUAGAGAGAAGAAAGGAAGAGGGUCAGAACGGAGCACCUCCUGAAUCACCUUGCUCUUCCACCGCACUGGUUGUGGGAACCGUGGCUACCUGCAUGGCCCUCCUGGAAGCAGAGGCUUGAUAACACGCAGGACCUCAGAGCCAGCGACCUCUUCUCGGAACUGAGUCCAAGAUGGGGUCUAGGCAGAGACUGAACCAAGAAUAGCCUGGGGCAAUAUGGGGACACUCUUAGUGUCCACCUGUGGGGACCGGCUAAACAUGUAUGCACGCCAACAGCAGAGAAUGCUAAGCAGCCUGUGUAAAAGCCAAGGCCUCUGUGCACUGAUGAGGAAAAAUAUACUAUGUAAGAAGAAAAAGCUUAUAAAAUAAUGUAUAUAGCAUGAUACUAUUUUUGUUUAAAUAUAUAUAACAUAUAUAAAUGCAUAAAAACAA